UGGGAGGCGGGGCGCCUCGCUGACAGGAAGUACACGUGUGUGACUGUAAUCCCACGAGCUGUGCGCGCAAUCCCGGAAGCGGCAGGCGAAGCGAGAUGGCGGCGGCCGUGGCCGGGUGGGAGCCGGGCGGCGAGUGGGAGUCUCUUCUCUUCACUGAAAUUGGUGAUCUGAUAGAAGAUGAAUUGCAGCUAAAUGCAGAGAAUGAAACUUAUGAAAACAAUCUUUGUGAUUUUGACUUUGACUUGGAUCUGAUACAUUGGGACUUGGACUCCUGUGAUGUUUCAAAGCAGAUCCCAGCAGAUGUAGACUGUGAAGUGGAGCCCCCCUCGCCAGCCACUUCAGCUGAUUCAGUUCCUUCUCCUCUAUCUGUGGAUUCUCCGGCACAUGUACCUGAGGGGGUAGAGCUGGGCUCCAGUUCCCACCCAUCGCCUGUGUCUUUGUAUGACAGGGGCUCUCAAAGUCUUUCCUCACCUGUAGGACGAAAGGAGAAGAAGCCUCCACCCAGAACAACAAACCGCUCAGCAAAUGGAUCUUCUGUGACCUCCAGUCGAUGUAGUCAGCCAGCCUCCAAACCUUUGGUUCAACCUAAACCUUUGUUGCCUGCCUUUCGGGAGCCUCAGACCGGCCUCAGUGUUCAUACAAAAGCUAUUGUCAUUCCAGCUCUUCAAACACUCUUGGCACUGCCAAAGCAGCAGCCAGUUGUUGCUAUCCAGCCAGCCCCUGCAAAAGGUCAGCCGGUAAUGCUUUCUCAGCCUGCUGUGGUGCAUUUUCAGGCACCCGGAAUCCUUCCUGCCACCAAUUCAGCCAUUGCUGUCACUGGUGGAAUCACACAACUACCAGGCCAUGCUGUAAAUGUAUUGCCGCAAACUGUAGGAAAGAGUUUGACCACCGGAAAACUUACUGAGGCUAAGCCUGUUCUUCAUGCUGCUUCCCCAAAUACUAGCAUGGAUAUGAAUGUUCUGAGACGGCAGCAACGUAUGAUAAAGAACCGUGAAUCAGCUUGUCAAUCACGCAGGAAGAAAAAAGAAUAUAUGCUGGGUUUGGAGGCCAGGUUGAAGUCAGCCUUGUUAGAGAAUGAUCACCUUAAGAGAGAAAAUAGCACUUUGAAGAGGCAGCUGGAUGAACUGGCAGUGGAAAACCAGAAUCUCAAAGGCUCCCCUCCAAAGAGAAGAGCACUCUGUGUGAUGGUGCUCCUAGCCUUUGUAAUGCUGAAUUAUGACAGACUAAGUGUGCUUGAAUGGGGCCCCAGCUCUACUGAACUUCGUGGUAGUUCUGCCCACCAGAGCAGGCACCUUCUUGAAUUCUCUGCAAGUGUACCUCAGGAAACAGAUGGCAGGAAUAAUGAUGGGUAUAAACAUUCAGUUUCGAAUAAUAAAGCGUUGAUGGUAGUUACGGAGGAACCAAUAAUAUACAUUUCUCCCCCACCUUGCCAGCCAAUGAUCAAUCGCACAGAGUCACUCAGGUUGAGGCAUGAGCUGCGAGGCUGGGUUCAUAGACAUGAAGAAGAAAGGACAAAAUCAAGGAUGUUAAAUAGUCAGCAGCAAAAAGCUCAGCCCAUCCAGAAUGCUUCAGGAGAAAAAUCGAAUUCUGAGCUGAUGGCUCUUCCAUACACAGACAACAGUGUUGGCAGGAACUCGGGGAAUGAGCUACAAGUUUAUUAUGCUUCUCCACAAAACUACCAAGAUUUGUUUGAAGCAAUUCACAGAAGGGGAGAUACAUUCUAUGUGGUAUCAUUCCGUAGGGAUCACCUGUUGUUGCCUGCUACCACCCAUAAUAAGACCAGACGACCAAAGAUGUCAAUAGUAUUGCCAGCAAUAAACAUCAGUGAGAAAAUAAUCAAUGGCCAAGACUACGAAGUUAUGAUGCAGAUAGACUGUGAAGUGAUGGACACCAGGAUCUUGCACAUCAAAAGCUCCUCCAUCCCUCAUUACCUUCGAGACCAUCAGAGGAACCAUACAACAUCCUUCUACAGCUCUCCUCCAACUGUCCCAGAGGCAGCUCCUGCUGUGAGAGCAAUCACAGAAUCAUCACAGUAGGCUCUGAAAGUCAGGCUUAAUACCCUGGAAUGACCAAUUGGCCUGGUUGCUUCUUAAUGGGUUUGCCAUGGCAGCUUUAUGGGCAGUGUCCUGCCUCAGUCAAGAGUCUAUCACAGUCAACAUGAGGCAAUCAAAUAAGCCUCUAAGACUACUAACCCAAUCCGUCCCCACUGCUUUGUACCAUUGCUACUGUUCCAGUAACAUGCAGGAUGCUUUUAAAACAUUACUUGGUUGUAUAAAAAUAGGUGAAGUGGGCUUUUGGUUGUUUUGAUUUGAUCGAUGGCAAAAGUAGAGGGGGAGAGAAAACAAGGAGCUCCCAGCUGUGGUGAUUGCAGAUGAAGGUCUCCCAAGACAGCUUGCUUCUAGUGCUUCAGAUGUUUAAUUCAACCUCAAGAUAACUGUUGUAUCAUAAACAUAGAUCUUUUGGUGAUGCUACCGGUUAUCCAUCCCUCAAGUUAAUAAUGUAUAGUUGAUGGGCAAGCAAUUAUUUCCCUAGCUAGUGGGGUUACAAAGUUGUAGUGCUGCCUGGAAUGUGGUUGGACAUGUCUUUAUGAGCAUCUGUUGGCUGGCGCUUGUGACCUCACUGUGCAGACCCAAGUUUUGACUCGUAGUAUCAGCCUGCACAGAGGGAACUGAAACUGACUUUGGAAGAGCCCCUUGUCAGUUACACACAGACUCACAGAGAAACACACACACUCAGUGGCCAAUCUUCAGUUUGCUAAACUUUGCUUAGCAACUGUAGCUAAAUGCACUUUUGGCCUUAAUGGAUAUGAGGCUUCUUCUCCAGAAUUUGCUUUAAGGCUGUGGUGUUUCAACUCUCCUGUGAGUGUCUCCUUCGCAUGUUCUCUCAUAUAUCUGAUUUGAGAUUUUUAUUUUUAGCCUAAGAAAGCACUUUCCCUUCUUCUUAAUCCAUUACCUGGGGACAUGGGACAUGGCAGAGCUGUCCUGCAAACACAAAUACGUAAUAUGAACAAUAUUUGAACAGAUCGCCUUGAUAAGGCCAUAGAACAGUGUGUAAUGACCUUGGGCUUUGCAGAAGGAAGCCAAAGCAAAGCUGUGUUGGGGAACAGUUGUAGCUGUGCAAAUCCCUACUCUGUCAGGAAAAAGGGGAUAGCUUCUAGGCAGCUGGGAAUGGGUGUGCCUUUUAAAGAAGAUGCAAAGGCCACCAAAGCCAGAGCCAGUUAACGAUGUCCACAGUCAGUGAGAGCAGGUUCCCUGCCUUCCCCCACCCACUCCUUUGGAGCACGUGGGCAUAUUGAGUACCCAUAUUGGGCAUAUAGAGCGCCCAUAUUGGGAUGUGCUUUGAAAUUGUCAGAAAUAGGAAAGGAGAAUGUGCUGCUCUUGUAGAAAAUGGAUGGAUCAUGCAAAGGGAAAAGAAGCUAGAGCCAGGAGGCUAAGGUUUAUAUUUAUUUAUUUUAAAUAUAUAUAUUUGCUGUCUUUCCAUAUAGAUAUGCUCAGGGUAACUUAUAUGAUAAGGGUAAGUCAGGGAUGAUGUGUUACGCAUCUGUUAAAUGCAUGUUGAAGCAAAUAGGGCUUACAGCAAGAAUGGCUGCCUUCUCCCAAGAGAAAACUAAGCUCAUGCCAGAAGCACUCUCAGCAGAGAAGACCAUGCUGCUAUGGCAUGACCAGGGCAGGUGUUACAGAACCAGCAACCUCUUGCUUCCUGUGUUGCCUGUUUCUAAAAUAGAAAAAGGGAGUCAGUUCAGACAUUGUACAUACCACUACAUUUGUGCAAAUAACACUUGCACAAGUAAUGUCAGGUACACAUACCUGGGAAGUAGCAGUAGAAGCUCCUAUGAAUGGGAUGAGACAAGGGUAGAGAAAUCCUGGCUUAUAGAUGCAGUUGCUGUAACUUCUGUACACCCUUUUAUGACUGGCAGCAGGAGGGGUUAAAUUGUCCCGCAGCGUUUGAGCUGAUUUGAAAGUGGCAUUGUCAAGUUAGGUGCAGUCGUGAAGCUUAUCUGAACUUACCCUGCUCACUGGAGUACACCACUCCUGUGCUCAAUUAUUUUGUGCAAAUAAGCUGGUAGUUAUAGUUAAAGCUCAGAGUGUGUAACUAAAGUGAAUUGAUUUUUAACUGAAAUAACUUACUGGUUAACUUUCUGCCGAGGUAUCAAAAGUGACAUACAUAAAACAUAAGGAAAAGCCCAAACAAUAUAACAAAAUGGCAAUGAAAAUUGAAAAGCACCAACCCUAAACAUUCUUAAAAUAAGAAACCAAAAACCCA